UUUCAACUUGAGCAGCGACUACUCAGACGAGCGAAGAAAUUCUAGAAAAAAGCAACGAGUGAGUGAAUGGAAGAGAUUAACAGAGAUGCAAGCCUCAUAGCAUGGAUUCGCACCAACAUUUCAGGUAUGGUGUCACGGGUGCAGACAUAUCAUACAAGUUCUCUCACAUCGCUUCUGCAAUCUCUGAAUGGACAGUUGGACCUCUGAGAUUCAACUCAGAGAGCUUGCCUAACUCGCCUCUUUCCACUCACUUUGAUUGUGAUACUUUUACUUCACUGAGCAACAGCCAGGAGCAGUAUAGCUCGACAGAGAAUCUCUCAGGGGUCAGCCCCUUGUGUAAUUCUUCACUUGAAGCCAACAGUUCUUUCCACUGGAUAAUCCACUCACCUGUCAGUCUUCAAGACCAUCUAGAGCCCUAUUCUGGUUGGAGUUUGCCCUCGCAGAAUGCAAAUUGUGGUCAAAGCAUUAAAUACGCCCUACAGGAACUAGAGACUACUCUGAUGGGUCCUGAUGAUGAAGAAGAUGAAGCGACAACAUCAAAUGCUGCUACUGAGGGAAAUAAGCAGCCGCAAAUCUCGUGUCAAGGAUCAGGGUCCUGGAGCCAGGAUUCAAAUGUCCUCCAACAAUGUUUUGUUCCCAAGAACCGGAAGUCAGGUAACGGAGUUCGUGCCAAGAAGUGUCAUACAGCAACUGAGGUGUCCUCUCAGGAGGUCAGAUGGAGUGAUCUGAAAGAACUGCUGAUUGAGUGUGCAAGGGCUCUUUCUGAGAACAGGACAGAUGAUUUCAAUGAGUUGGUUCACGAGGCUAGAAGUGCUGUCUCCGUUAGUGGAGAACCAAUCCAGCGUCUGGGUGCUUAUAUGGUAGAAGGGCUGGUUGCAAGGAAGGAGGCCUCAGGCUCUAACAUCUAUCGUGCUCUGCGGUGUAGAGAACCAGAAAGCCAGGAGUUGCUCUCUUACAUGCAGAUCCUAUAUGAAAUUUGCCCGUACUUUAAAUUUGGUUACAUGGCGGCCAAUGGAGCAAUUGCUGAAGCAUUCAGACAUGAGGACCGGAUACACAUCAUAGAUUUUCAGAUUGCUCAGGGGACCCAGUGGGUGACCCUGAUACAAGCACUUGCAGCAAGGCCAAGUGGUCCCCCUCAUGUUCGGAUCACUGGGAUUGAUGAUCCAGUCUCUCAGUAUGCCCGUGGUGACAGGUUAGAGGUCGUUGGGAGGAGGCUAGCUGCAAUGUCUGAGAAGUUCAAAAUCCCUGUUGAGUUUCAUGCUGUGCCAGUGUUUGCACCGGAAGUCAAACGUGAGAUGCUCAAGCUGAGGCAUGGUGAGGCUCUGGCUGUGAACUUCACUCUGCAGCUCCACCAUACACCAGAUGAGACUGUUGAUGCGAACAAUCCGAGAGAUGGACUUCUGCGGAUGGUGAGGUCGCUUUCGCCCAAGGUGGUCACCCUGGUUGAGCAGGAGUCUAACACAAACACUACACCCUUCUUCAUGAGGUUCUUGGAGACUCUGGAUUACUACUCGGCAAUGUUCGAGUCAAUUGAUGUUACGCUGCCGAGGGACAACAGAGAACGAAUUAAUGUGGAGCAGCACUGCUUGGCCAGGGACAUAGUGAACGUAAUUGCUUGCGAGGGGAAGGAGAGAGUGGAGCGGCAUGAGCUACUGGAGAAAUGGAAAUCUAGAUUGACAAUGGCAGGAUUUCAUCCAUAUCCACUGAGCUCUUAUGUCAACUCUGUGAUACGCAGUCUCUUGAGGUGUUACUCGGAGGACUAUACUCUGCUGGAGAAGGAUGGGGUCAUGCUGUUGGGUUGGAAAGAUAGACACUUGAUAUCAGCUUCCGCUUGGCAUUAGAGGAAUAAUAGACAACACCUAAAUAUGUUGUUGUAGGAUGAUCGGUACACCUAUCUCCCAGUCCCUUCAUCUUCCUUUU